AUGCAAAUAUUUUCAAAAAAGUUAAAACAACAAAACAAUCAAGUUCCUUGGUCUCAGAGAAAACUUUCCCUAUCAAACCUUCUUCCAAGACAUGGUCAUUCUACAAAUCAGAGUGGGGUAAAUGACGAAUUAUGUAUCUUUGGUGGUAUUUAUAAAGGACGCGCAACUAAUGAUGUAUUUAUAUUAGACACUAAUACAUUCAAUGUCACUGGAUUAACGACAACAGGAGAUAUUCCACCGCCUCGGAGUUUACAUACACAAGUUAAUGUUGGAAUGAACAUGAUCGUUACGAAACAAUGGUAUAAGCCACCUAUGCAAGAUCCAAAGGUGAUUGGCCGAUUUGGUCAUUCGGCGACCGUGAUUGGAUCAAAAAUGUACAUCUUUGGUGGACAGUUUGAUGGUCGUCUAUUGAACGAUCUGAUCGUAUUUGACUUGCAAACGCUUAGUUCUGGUGUAGCCCGGUGGGAAUUUAUUGUCCCUUUAAAUGAUCCACCAGUAGGCAGAACAAGUCACACCAUGUGCGCUUACAAUAACAAACUUUACGUCUUUGGCGGUACGGACGGUGAGAAAUAUCAUAGCGAUACAUGGUGUUAUGACCCACAAACAAAUAAGUGGAAUGAAUUAGCAUGUAUAGGAUAUAUUCCAUCUCCAAGAGAAAAUCAUAGAGUUGCUAUCAUAGAAGACAUUAUGUAUAUUUUUGGUGGGAAGGGACAGGAUGGAUUAGAUUUAAGUGAUCUAGGAGCGCUCAAAAUUUCCAAUCAAAGAUGGUACAUGUUCUCGAAAAUGGGAAUACCAGCAAGUCCUAGGAAGUAUCACGCAAUGACGUCUAGCCGUGACAAAGUUUUAAUUUUUGGCGGGGAUUGUCUACAAAUUCCAAAACCGGAUGAAGAUGGCAUUAUUAAUAUAUUAGAUACAUCUAAAAUAAAGUAUCCAAUUACUCCAUCAAAUUCGACAAAAUCAUCACAAAUAACAACACAAAAAUCACAACAAGCACAACAAAUUAGAUCAAUACCGCAACAACUAGGCAUAGAAAGUAAUAGACCACCACCAUCACAAAGCCAAUCUCCAAAUAAACGUAAUAAUACAAUAGAUGAUGAUAAUAACCUAAGAGGAACAUCGCCUGGAAUGAGGCAUAUUUCACCGUCAGGAAGUCAAAGUUCUUUAACUUCUCCAGUGCCAUCACCAAGGUUCAUGCCUGAUAACAAUAUGAAUGUGAGUAAUUCAUCACCACGUAUGGGCCCUCAGGUGGGGGGAGGUAGUCCAAAAUAUCAAGUAUUUCCAAAACGACCUCAAAAUGGCUCUCCAAGGUUACCACCAGAUAUGGUGGAUCCAAAUAAUAAUACACAAGCGAGAAAUAAUUUAUCCUCUAGAAGUAGAUCGGAUUCUUCAGAACAACGAUAUAACAAUUAUAAUAAUCGUUCGUUAUCACCACCACUCGAAAAAAAACAAAGCGUCGAAAGUCUUCGUAAACAGACCCCUUCUCCUUCAGAGGGAAGAAGAGAGCAAUUCCGUGAAGGAAAUAAAAAUGCGAUGAACUUACCAGUACAAAUGGCCGGUGCAGCCGGAGAUUUUCAAAAUCCACGUCAAGCUUCACAUCCUCCAAGUUCUAAUUCUUCCAGCAACAUUCCAUCAUCAGCCAAUCAAACUAGUCAAAGAAGUCCUCGGAGCAAUAACUCGUCACCAUCUCCAUUAGCGAUAGACACAAAACUACCAGUUAAUUCAAUGCUGUAUGGUGGCGAUGGUACAAUAUCACCAAGCUCAUCAUCUACAAUUAGUCAGAAUAGUUUAAAAUCUCCUACAUUUGAUGCUCUUGAACAUUUUCCUGCCCCUGUAUCAAACACGGAAAGAGAUAAUUUCUUACGUGAAUUACAACAAAGAGACGCGCAAAUAUCUCAAAUCAAAAAGCGGGAAAAUUGGUUGAAACUUGAACUCGCUCUUGCUAGAACAUCUGGUUACACUCCUGAUAAUCGUCAUAGUGGGGUACCCGAGGGCAUUGAUUCUGAAAAAAUCAUGGACAUUGGUGAAACCGGUUCUGAUCGUUUUAAGAUUAUGUCGGCGGUUUUCAAAAUAAGACAAGAGUUAAGGAAAGAAAAGGCAAUGAUUGCGAAUCAAGCUCAAGCUGCUUCGCACAAAAUAACGGAUGCAGAACGUGCGAGAACCGCAGCUCUUCAAGAGGCUGCUUAUUUUAAGGCUAAACUAACAGCUUUAGUAAAUGCAUCAGAAUCAGAACUCGCUAGAAUUGAAAUUAAGCGUGCAAAAGAUUUAGAGAAACGUUUGACACAAGCUCUCACAGACAAAGAAUCGUUACAAAAUAAAUUAUUUCAAUCGCAGCAAGUUUCAGGUUAUGAUAAAAUAUCUCGAGAAUCGGCCGAAGAACGUGCAAAAUCAGCUACUUCGAGGGCUGAAGAAGCGGAAGAGGCUCAUGCACGAGCAUUAGCAGAAUUGGCCACUUUGCAUUCUCGUGCCACGACGGCCGAAGCCCAAUUAAGAGAAAAUAACACCCGUUUAUCUGAAGCCACAUCGGAACUUUCACAGUACCAUUCAACUUCUAACAAUUCACGCAAUAAAAUUGAUCAGCUUCAACAGUCACUUGAGCAACAUCAAAGAGCUUUGGAAAAGGCCAAUAACGCCCUUUUAGCCGCCAAUGAACGUGCGGGUGAAGUGGAAUCAUUAUGGAGGAAAUCCCGCCAAGAUUUUGUUUGUUUAGAGAAAGAAGCAGCAAAGCUAAGGGCUGAAUUAGAUAUUAGAAUGACAGAAUUAGAUCGUGCCCACGCGAGAGCAAAUGAAAUGGAAAGGUUGUUGGGUAAAUCUCAAAAAGAAGUUGACGCAGUACGUGCUAUGAUGCAAGAAGGGAUGACAGAAUUAUUAAACACAUCACGGUCAACUCACGAAGGAAAUAAUUCUUCUGAAGCUGCAAAGAAAAUAAUAAUGCUCGAACAGGAGAUUUUAAGCUUAAAAUCUGCCCAUGUGGAUUCACAGAAAGCAACUCAAGAAACUUCCAGUUCACUCGCGGAUGCUAUGAUAAAGAUCUCACAAAUGGAAAGUGCUGCCAUAAAGGCAAGAUCUGAUGCUGCAAUUUUACAACGUAGAUUGAUUGAAGCUUCAGAUGAAAACGCGAAAACAAAAGAUAAAUUACGUGAAAAGGAAAGGUCAUUGAUAGAAAGAACAAGAGCUCUCGAAGACGCUGAAGUAAAAGUAGGCAUGAUGAGGGAUGUACUGACAGAGAAAGGAAUUUUAGACGAUGGUAGUAACGGUAAUAAAGGAGUAUUUUCAUCGAAUCGGUUUAAAGUAUUGGAAUCAAAAUGUGAAGAACUUGAAAGCAAGCAUAAUAAAGCUGCACGAAAAGCCAAGGAAUCUGAAGAGAAAGCCAAAAUUCUUGAAGAGUUGGAACGUGCUAGUAUCGGAUCAAAAAGUUUAACAUCUGAUAAUGAAGAUAAUCUGAAAUUGGAGACAAGGCCUAAUGUAAAUCAAAGGGAACUUAUUGAAACGAAAAAAAGAUUGCAAGAAGUUGAGAAUGAUUAUCAAACUGCCGUACAUUAUGUUAAAGCUCAAGCACGUAACGAAACAUUAGAAGAACAAUUAUCUGAAGCAGAAAAUAAUUUCUCAGUAAGUAAAGGAUUGUCUGAUUCCAAAUUGCAAGAAUUGACCAGUCAAAAACUUGAAGAACAGAGGUUAGAAUUUGAAAAAGAAAAGGUGCAAUUACAUGGAAAAAUUGAUGAUUUACGAUCUCAGCUUGACCGUGCUUAUGAUGGAAAAAAUAUGGUGGAAGCGGAAUAUGAUGUUUUACGUAAAGAAUACGAAACAUUACGUAAAGAAAACGAGUCUUUACGUUCGAUCGAUCAGGAACUUCGAGAUUUAUUAAAAGAUUCUGAGGAAGCUUUGCGGAAUACUCAAAGUGAAUUGGAUGAUACACUUGCGUUAUAUACUAAAGUUAAUAAAGAACUUGAACAAUCAAUGAAAUCAGGACCAAAAGGUUAUAGCAAUAAGAAUUGGGAAGAACAACGUGUCAUGUUAGAGCGACAAGUUGCCGAUUAUCGUGCAAUGAAUGAAAGGCUUGAAAAGGAAAACUCAGAUUUAGAACAAAAAUGGAAAGAAUCUGAAAAUAAAAUUACAAUAUUGUUAGAUCAAAUGGAACAUGCUGUUGACAGUUAUCGUGAAAUUGAAGAUGAUAUAAGAGAUUCAAGUCCGAGAAAUUCCCAUGUGAUUACUUCUCUAACCAAUGAAUUAGAAAUGUUAAGAUCUCAAAUGGACGCUUCGAAUCAAGAUAUUGAUUUAAGUGACGAUGAAUUUAUAGAUGCAAGGUGGAGUCGAUUACCUAAUGAUGAAAAUGAUGAGAGUAGAAUACCAUCGAGAAUUGAUGAAUAUGAUGCAAUGAUGGCCGCUUUAGAUGAAGUUCAGAAAACUGCGGCACAAAGAAAAUUCGGUAAUAUGGGUUCUAAUAACGGUUCCUAUAUGGCAAGUAAUUUUUUCAAUAACGACGGUAAUAAUAAUGAUAGGAUUUUAAAUGAUGCAUCAAGUAAUUUUAAUAAUUCGAAAAAAAGCCCAACGCGAAUGGUUGAUCAAAUUAGAGGUCAAUUGAAUUUAACACCACCACCUACACCUCCAGUUUUAUAA